AUGCCUCGAACUUUGGUUGGUUGUCCAGAAACCAAUAGUAAUUCAGCUCUUAAGAAAACAGACCCAAAUGUUCAUACUUGGAAGGAAAUCAUGAGGCGCAUGGCACUUCAUAAUUACUUGAGCUUUUUCGGAAUCGAUUCAUUGGCUGAUGUGAAUAUAGUAUGUGAUCGAGGUAGUAAUUUUGUUUGUGCUUUUAAAGAUUUUGAACCAAUCUUUUGUUAUGAACAUCGAUUGAACAAUAUUGUUAAAGUAACCUUUUUCCAGAACAAAAAAAAACAAGCUGAUACUGUUGUUGUCGAUGUCAAGAAUGGAGUUGAUGUAAAACCAUUUUGUACAAAAACUGCUGGUGGUAAUGAAAAAGAAAUCCAUGAGUCUUCAAGCGAUGAUAGUGAAUUAUCAACUGACGAUGACUCAGUGAAUGAAACUGCAUUACCAGUUUUUAGGAAAAAGAAAAAAUUUGUCAAAAAAUAUUUGUCAUCACAAAAUAACACAUUAUCUUCUCAAAUGAAAAUGACAGUUGAUCAAAUUCCUCUUUCAGCAAAACAUGUUAUUGAAGUUUUUAAAAAGUGGAUCAAUACUGAUAUUAAAGAAGAAUCUGGUGUUACAUUACACCAAUCGUGUAUUGUUAGGUGGUUGUCUAUGUCAAAUUUAUUGGAAAGUAUUCUAAAAUCAUUCAAGACAACAAAACGAUUACUGUUAGCUAGGAAUAAACAUUCAUUAAUUUAUGAUUUGAAUGUGUUGACAAUUAAACAGCUUGUACUUGUUUUGAAACCAGUAAAACAUAUUGUGACACUUGUUCAAACAGGUAAUUCACCAUGUUUGCACUUGGUUUUAUUAUGCAAUUUAACGUUAAAGCGUGCUUUAUCAUCUUAUGGAUCAUUACUUGAUUAUGUAAAUACUUACUGUAAUUCAAAUGAUAAUCUAUCAGAUAAAUGUGAAAAUGAAGAAAAUGAAAAUUACGAAUUAGAAGAUGAUCAACCACCUAAUACUUCAACAGAUGAUGGUGGAGAUUGCGAAUAUGACAGUGAUGAAUAUGGAUCGAACACGAAUCCAUUUGAUGAAUUAGAUCAAUAUUUAAUUAUGAAAAUUGAUAAAUCAUUAACAACAAAUAAUCCAUUGGAUUUUUGGCGGUACCAUUCAAAACAAUUUCCCUUAUUAAGUAAAUUAGCGAAACGUAUUUAUUCAAUACCAGCUACAUCAUAUAAUGUUGAACGUCAGUUUUCAAGUGCAGGUUUAGUAAUUAAUCAAAGAAGAACAAAUAUUAAUCCAGAACAAGUAGACAAUAUUCUUUUAAUUAGGUCAUUCAAAAAACUUUAG